AUGAAGUCUGAGGAAGAAAAUCGAGAAGUCCAAUCGUUAAUUAAAUUACGCUGUCUUAUUUUAACCAAUCUAGUUGAACAAAUCGGUGAUGCUAAACAAUUAAAUGAUUUAUUAAUUGAUACGUUGAAUGAAAAGUUAGAAAACGUGAAUGGUGACCAAGUUGCAGAAGAAAAUAGAAAUCCAGAUCAACAUGAUCAAAAUAAAGAUGGACAAAAUCUUAUUCAGAAUUUAGAAGAACUUUUAAAAGAAGCCAUUGAUCUUGACUCUUUUUAUCAUUUAGAUGAUAUUAAUAAAUCAUCAUCGAAUGAUGUACAACAUUAUGCCUAUUGUAUUGCAAGAUAUUUAAUUUAUGAAUCAAUACAAUUACGAGAAAUGGUAUCACAUAAAUUAAUUACAAUUACCAAUGAAACAGAAGAACAAUUAAAGCUAGAUUCUAUGUUAAAUUAUUUUGAACAACAGUUGACGAAAUUUCAAGAUGAAAUGAAUCAAAUUGUAGUUAAUUUGUCAGUUUAUCGCUCAAAAUCAUUUGAUGAUAACGGUGAUACCAUCAUCAUAUCAUUGAAAUCUUCAAGUUUAAAUGUUGACAAUUCCACUGUUUUGUAUUGGUUUCAUUUGAGACAAUCAGUAGAUAAUUGUGAAAAUCGAAUAAAUCAAUUGGAUAAUUGUUUACAAUGUAUGAUUGAUAUAGGUAAAGAUCACCUAUUGAAAAUUGAACAAGAUUUAAACAAUUAUUAUCAUCGAACCGGAAAGUUGGAUUUAAAAUUUUCACAUCGUUUUAAUGAACUGAAAUCAAAAUAUGAAAUUAAUCUUAAUAAAAUGAGAAAAUUGAAAAAUCAAUUCAGUAAAGAAUUGGAAUCUUGGCAAGAGUUUAUAACAAAUUUAGAAAAAGCUGAAAAUUGGUUAACUAUAAAUGAAUCACUUAGUAAAAAAGUACUUUAUGUCGUGACAACAGAUGAUAACAAACAACCAGAUGGGGUCCAGCAAACAAUUACCGAGACUAGUCAUACUAGUUGUAUCAAUCCAAAUAUGUCGGAAAAAGAGAUUAAAGCAGCCAAUGAUAAAGAGGUACUUUCGAAACAAUUGACAAAUUUAGAAGAAUUAGAAAUCGAUUUAAGAGAGCAUGGAAUUGAAUUGCGAGAACAAACUGAACAAUCAGCACGUUGUUUAUUAUUUAAUCUUAUUCCUAAUUCUGUGAAUUUAAUUAAAGAUAAACAGUGCAGGUUGAAUAGAAAAUCUGAAAUUAUUGAUUAUAUUAAUUUGGCUAUUGAAAAUCUACUUAAACGUUAUAAUGAAUAUAAAAUCAGUUUACAGAUGAUACAUUCUAAUCUUAGUGAGAAAUAUUUAUGCUGGUCCAAAUUAGAUAG